CUGGCCCCACCCUCCCCCAAGUUCCUGCUUUACCAGUAGGGUUUCCUACUAAAGUUUGGGGACCCAGGGAAUGGGCUGGCUCCAUUGCAUGGGAGACAGAGUUACAAUAGCCAGGCUGGAAGCUCCAAGAACCUGCUAAGAGGUGGUUCGUCCAACUUCUGUUUGGCUCUCUUCAGUGGCAGUGGGUGUUUCCUAGAAAACCAUCUUCCCCACCAUGUCUGACUAUGAAAAUGAUGAGGAGUGCUGGAAUAUGAUUGAGAGCUUUCGGGUGAAGCUUAUCUCCAUCAUCGACCCUUCUAGGAUUACACCCUAUCUUCGACAAUGUAAGGUCAUUAACCUCGAUGAUGAGGAGCAGGUUCUCAAUGAUCCCAAUCUGGUCAUUCGAAAAAGAAAAGUCGGUGUUCUUUUGGACAUCCUCCAAAGAACUGGCCACAAAGGGUAUGUGGCCUUCCUGGAGAGUCUAGAACUUUACUACCCACAGCUAUAUAAGAAGGUCACUGGGAAGGAGCCCACCAGGGUCUUCUCCAUGAUAAUAGAUGCCUCUGGGGAGUCCGGCCUGACCCAGCUGCUUAUGAAUGAAGUCAUGAAGCUGCAGAAGAAGGUGCAGGACCUGAACAUGAUGCUGAGUGCCAAGGAUGACUUCAUCAAAGAAGUACGGGUGAAGGACAGCAUGCUGCGCAAGCACCAGGAGCGGGUGCAGAAAAUGAAGGAUGAAUGUGAGAACUUCAGCCGAGAGCUCAAGAGGUGCAAGGAUGAGAACUACGACCUGGCCAUGCUCUAUGCCAGGCAGAGUGAGGAAAAAAACAUGGCGCUCAUGAGGAACCGCGACCUUCAGCUCGAGAUAGACCGACUAAGGCACAACCUGAUGAAGGCUGAGGAUGACUGCAAGGUAGAGAGGAAACACACAAUGAAGCUCAGGCAUGCCAUGGAGCAGAGGCCAAGUCAGGAGGUCAUGUGGGAGAUCCAGCAGGAGAAGGAUCUUCUUCAAGCAAAGAUCCAAGAACUGGAGAGCUCCAUGAGGGAAGGAAGGCGGGACAAGAAUAAUGCUUAUAUCCAGAUUCUGGAGGAAGACUGGAGGCAGGCUCUGAGGGAUCACCAGGAAAAGGAAAACACCAUUUUCCACCUGCGAAAGGAGCUGCGGCAAGCCGAGGCACUCAGGAACAAGAGUAUAGAAGAGAAGGAGAUGUUUGAGCUGCAGGGCAUGGCCCUGCGCAAGGAUUCCAAAAUGUACAAAGAGCGCAUCGAAGCCAUUCUGCAGCAGAUGGAGGAAGUAGCUAUAGAAAGGGACCAGGCCAUCAUGACAAGGGAGGAAUUCCACCUGCAGUAUUCAAAUAGUCUGAAGGAGAAGGACGAGCUCCGGAAGCAGAUCCGGGAGCUGGGUGAGAAGUAUGAUGAGCUGCAGUUACAGCUGUUUAAGAAAGAGGGGCAGGUGCUGUCUAUGGAGAGCAAGCUAAAGCGGCUACAGUCAGAGACACCCAUUCUGAGUUCAGACUUAGAUGACAGCUCGCCCAGGAAUUCUCAGGAGUUAACUCUUCCCAGGGACCUGGAGGAUGCAGCACAGCUUUCCGGCAAAAAUCAUCCAGCUAAGGAGAGACUCCUAGAACAGCCCUUUGCCACCACGAAGGAGAAGCUUUUUCUGGCCCAAAAUGGAGGUGGAUUGAGCAAUGGGGAUCCACAAGAGAAGGAAAGGCGCCGCAUCAAAGAAAGUUUUGAGAACUAUCGUAGGAAGUGGGCCCACAGAAAGGUUCAGCACAGCACCCGACAGGGAGAAGUAGACUGGGAAAAUACCACAGGAAGCGACAACACAGAUACGGAGGGCUCCUAACUGUACAUGACUGCUGAACCCAACCUCUCUGAGAGUCCCUGCCGUCCCCCAAAGUCAGUCUCCUAUCCCUCGUGGACAAAAUGGAGCAGGGAUGCAAAAGAUCAGAAACAUCAUCUAAGCCUCUAAAUCCUCUUUGAGUGGCUUGGAUUCAGAAGGAAAGUUGCGUAUUUCAAACUGCUGAACCCAAGACUUUCUGUUCUGAAUUUAGAUUGACUUAGGUUGGUAUUAAGAUGAUUUUGUAGCCAUAAUGAAGGAC